UCCCACCACCACCACCCUCCGCCUCCACCUCCGCCCCGCUCGCUCCUCCGCAUUAUUAUCACCCGACGCCCCUCCCCUCUCCUCUCCGACUCCCCCCCGGCCCCCUCCCUCCCCUGCUCGCCAACGCGCGGCAGCAGAUUCACCCGCCUCCCUCCUCCUCCCCACCCUCUGCCUGUGUAUUUUUGCUGCUGAGUAGGGGAGCGCACGGGGAGCUGUGGGCGGGCGGCGGCGAUGGGGAAGCCGCGGGCGAUGGUGGCCCUCGCGGCCGCGCUCGCGCUGCUCCUCUCCUGCUCCGGCGUCGUCGUCAGGGGCCAGGACACCGAGAGGAUCGAAGGGAGUGCUGGUGAUGUUCUGGAGGAUGAUCCCGUCGGGAGGCUGAAGGUGUACGUCUACGAGCUGCCCACCAAGUACAACAAGAAGAUGGUGGCCAAGGACUCCAGGUGCCUCAGCCACAUGUUUGCCGCCGAGAUAUUCAUGCACCGGUUCCUGCUGUCGAGCGCGAUCCGGACGAUGAACCCGGAGGAGGCCGACUGGUUCUACACCCCGGUGUACACGACCUGUGACCUUACUCCAUGGGGUCAUCCGUUGCCCUUCAAAUCCCCGCGGAUCAUGAGGAGUGCGGUUCAGUUCAUCUCCUCGCACUGGCCCUAUUGGAACCGGACGGCCGGUGCUGAUCAUUUCUUCGUCGUGCCACAUGACUUUGGGGCAUGCUUCCAUUAUCAGGAAGAGAAGGCGAUCGAAAGGGGGAUCCUUCCAUUGCUUCGCCGCGCUACACUUGUCCAGACAUUUGGGCAGAAGGAUCAUGUCUGCCUAAAGGAGGGCUCAAUCAACAUCCCACCAUAUGCUCCUCCCCAGAAAAUGAAAACUCACCUUGUACCCCCGGAGACCCCGCGCUCCAUCUUUGUCUAUUUCCGUGGUUUGUUCUACGAUACGGCAAAUGAUCCCGAGGGUGGUUACUAUGCAAGAGGCGCCCGUGCGUCGGUGUGGGAGAACUUCAAGAACAACCCUCUGUUCGACAUCUCGACGGACCACCCACCCACCUACUAUGAGGACAUGCAGCGUGCCAUCUUCUGCCUGUGCCCGCUGGGCUGGGCCCCGUGGAGCCCCCGUCUCGUUGAGGCCGUGGUGUUCGGGUGCAUCCCGGUGAUCAUCGCGGACGACAUUGUCCUGCCCUUCGCGGACGCCAUCCCGUGGGACGAGAUCGGCGUGUUCGUGGCGGAGGACGAUGUCCCCAAGCUUGACACCAUCCUGACCUCCAUCCCGAUGGAGGUGAUCCUACGGAAGCAGAGGCUGCUGGCGAACCCGUCGAUGAAGCAGGCCAUGCUUUUCCCGCAGCCGGCCCAGCCCGGGGACGCCUUCCACCAGAUCCUGAACGGCCUGGCGCGGAAGCUCCCGCACAGCAAGAGCGUGUACCUGACCCCGGGGCAGAAGGCGCUGAACUGGACCCAGGGCCCCAAGGGCGACCUGAAGCCAUGGUAGGUAGCAGCGGCGGCAUUGGCACCAUGAGCUGACGAUGUUCAGUCAGAAUGAAAUGAGAGGACUGAUGAGUAAGCCAAGCCAAGCCAAGCCAUUACUGUCAUCAAAUGUAAAGCUCCUUCCUGUCUAAUACCACCUUGCUUCUUUUUGUUGUGAUGAUGUGCCUGCCUACCUUCCAUGUUGUGGCAUGGCAUGGUUCCCUUGUUUUUUGUUGCCCUAGUGCUUAGAACUGCUGCUGUUGUAGGUGAUCAUGGAUCAUAGUGUUAUAUAUAUUGCAUGACCUUUGUAUUAUACUGCUACAUAGACGCCGAUCUGUAAUGGCGGGAAUAAUUAAGUAAGGUUAACAACA